CUCUCUCUUUCUCUCUCUCUCUCUCGUCUUCUCUUUUCGCCUCUUCUUUAUGAAAGUUGAGUGGGGCAAUGGAGAGCUCGGGAUGGGCGGGAGUGAGCCCAAGGAUCUCCUUCUCCCACGACCUCACCCAGGCCGACAUCUCCGGCGGCGACGAUCACCGCCUCGACCUUUCCCUUCCACUGGAUGUAUCCGCGUCCUCCGACUUCGACUUCGUCCUCGGCGCAGACAUCUUCUCCCACGACUCCUCCCUCGCCGACGACCUCUUCUCCGACGGCAAACUCCUCGCCUUACCCAUCAAGAAUCCCCCAUCCUCCUCCUCCGCCGCCUCCCCGUCGUCGCUGCCGUCAGCAUCAGCAGCCGAUCCACCUGCAGCGCCGAAGCCGGCGAGCGCACGCAGGAGGAAGCGCGGCAGCCUUCGGGAGAUCAUGGCGAGCUGUAGCGAGGGCGGCGUCGGCAUCGGAAGGCCCUCCCCCCGCAGGAGCAGCAGCCUCAACUGCGGAGACAGCAGGAGAAGCCUUUGUCCGUUCCCUUUGCUGCGGAGCAAGUCCUCGGGCUCGAUGCCGAUGAACCCAUCGAGCACUAAGCACUGCGACAAUUCCAGCAUCAACACGAUUGCCAGUUUUAGCAGCCCGUUCACGGAGUUGUUCAGGAAAGGCUCAAAGGAACCGAAGACCAGAGUCUACUAUUACUCGGGGAGCUCGCGACGGUCACACGGGAAUGCGGUGAGAAUCAGUCCGAUCAUAAACGUGCCGACGCCGAGCAGUAUGAGCAUAUUUAGCUUUCUACUUUGCAAGCAUGGGGACAAGAACAUGGCCAAGAGCUCAGCUGUUACCUGUUACCCGUAGUGGCGUGUGUUGGUUUGAAAUUAUUAGGAGGGAGGGGGCGGGACAACGGGGGGGUUGUUUGCUUGUGAUCAUAGGAGCUGCUUUUGAGAAAGAGGGGGAGGGGGGGGGCUUCUUCCUUACCCUUCUUUUCCAUGCCCUUCAUCUUUAUCACUUUGGAGUGCUUGUGGGACAGCAAGGGGUGCUUAGGCCAUGGGGGACAGCAAGAACACCACCCCCUCCCCUCUCCAUGACUGGUGGGUUGCUUGGAAAGUUUAUGGACCAUUUCAUCUCUCUCUCUCUCUCUCUGUCUCUCUUCCCAUUCCAUUCCUUGGUCCUAUGAUUUUUCUUCGGGUUUGAUAGUAAUUUCGUGGAGGAGUGGUAUGCUUUUAUAUGAACAACUUGAAGCUUGUGAAGCCUUUUGACUUUGGCUGCUACCUGCAUCUAUAUAUGUUAUUGUAUUUAAUGCCUUCCGCAAUGCUACGUUGUGUCCUAUGUAACCACAGUUGGUGGAAAGAUAAGAAGUCAUAUUCUUCUUGUCUUUAUGACUUGACUCUGAUGGCGCACCCACCGGUGAGGGAUGCUUGGGAAAGUAAUUAUUUCGAAAAGAAGUCUUUGGAUGUAUCGUAUGCAGUAUGGUUUU